AUGGAAUUUGAUAUGAAAAAUAGAGUGGAUGAUGAUAAUCAUAGGCAAUUUGCUCCUUUAAAAUUCCCGGCGUUUUAUUAUUGCUGGAUAUUAAAUAAGUUUGGAACAGAUGCUAAAAUUACGGAUUGGUGUUUUAAUGAUAUUUUGGUGAAAAGAGUUAAUCUUGAUGUUUUUGUUCAACAACGUGAACAACGAAAUUAUGUUUUAAGUGAACAACUUGAAAUCAAUUUCAAAGAAAUAUGUGAUGCAUUUAAGAACUAUUCCAAUAAUAUAAACUUUUUUAAACCUUCGCACUUGGAAAUUAUCAAGAAAGCUACUCAUGUCGAUAUAAUUGAUGGAUUAAAACACCAUUUAACUAAAUUAUUUACGCAACAAUUGCAAAAUUCUGUCAAAUGUUCGGAUAACAAAUCUUCGGAUAACAUGGAUAUUGACGAUGUUUCAACAUUUACUCAUAAACGAAAGCGGUGUGAUAUGGGUUUGAAUGAUUGGUAUAACGAAAUAAAUAAAUUACAUGAUGACCUAAAUAAUCCUUCAAUGUCGGAUGAAUUCGGUGAAUUUUUAAAGAACAUUAUGGAACUAAUUAGCGGGUUGAACUUUGUUUCAAGUUGUGAUGUGGACGAAAUUGAUCGUCAAAGAGAAUCCAAAAGGCACAAGAGGAAAAAAUAA